AGUCCAACCAACUGCGCACCAUUAUUAUUGUUAUUACAGUGGCACUUCCUUCUCCCUCCCAUUCAACGCACUGUAACGAGACGGCGAGUUGCUCCUCAAAGAAAGUGCAGCGCUGGAUAUUUCGACUUUCUGCUCCUCGCCUUCCACAAAAAAAUCGGCGUCACAUCUUCUCUGCAUAAACUUAACUGCUUAUUGUCCCCCUUCCAUCACUUAUCCCCUUUUCUUCUGCAAUCCAAUCGUUCGAAAUACUCGCUUGAAUACUACGUUUGAAAUUCGGCUUGUCUGACUAGAGCAUUAUUUGAACUACCUAUUUUUCUUUCUUUUUUUUUCUUUUUACGUGUUUAAUGCAGACCUGUCCUUCCACCCGUGUGUCGCCUCUUCGGCUGGCGGCCGUCGCCACCGCAGCGGGUUUUGUCGCCUUCGCCACCCUUCGCACGUUGCAGUCCGUCUACUCACGGCCGCCGAAGAUGCCGGAGCCUGACAUCCCGACGAACCCGGAGGACGGUCCGGUGUGGAGCCUCAUCAAGCGUGUUUUGUACCGCCACUUCUACGUGGUGCGCAAAGGUGACCCGCUCAAGAAGUUGCAGGAGUGGGGUGUGCAGUUCAACUACAGGCCGUUUAUCAUGAAGAUUUUCUUCCGCGCGCAUGUGGUCCUGUCGAGCCCGGAGGACAUCGAGCACGUCCUGCUGCGUGCUGACACGAAGUUCCAGAAAGCCUCCGGCUACGACCUCGUCCGCAGCGUCGUUGGUCGCGUUGGCCUUGUCGCUAUUGGAAACAAGGAGCUGCACGCCAUGCACCGUCGCAUUGUCAUGCCCAUCUUCAGCUCGCAGAACGUGCGGGGCAUGGCGAACGAAAUUCUUCGCGUGCACGCCCUCGUGAUGCUGGGCGGUCUCUUCGACGUGAUUCUGCGAGGCGGGGAGGAAGACGCAGCGGUGAACCUCAGCGACCACGUCUUUCGCAUGACGCUGUCGGCCAUGGGCGAGGCGGCCUUUCGCGCAUCACGCAGCGAGUCCAUACGUGUGCGGCAGCACUUCGAUGCCAUGAUGAAGUUCUCGCGGUUGAACUACUUUUGCCCCUACUUCAACUCGGCUGCCCAGCGCAACGCGCGCAAGAUGCUGAAGGAAAUCAGCGCCAACUUGCUCGACAAGAAUAUGCAGAUGCGUCACAUGAACAGUCGCCGGUGCGUGAUGGACGCGCUGAUCGACGAGCUGUACGUCCACUUGAGCAUGGAGGACGUUUUGGAUCACCUCGUCAUGUUCCUCUUCGCCGGGCACGACACCACGAGCCACACGAUGGAAUUCCUUUUCGCGCUGCUGGCCGCCCACCCGGCGGUGCAGGACCGACUCUACGAAGCGCUGGAAGACUUAAUGCCGUCCACCUGCACCUGCCCCACCGCCGAGGAGCUUGUGGAGUGCGAGUACUUGGAGGCGGUGGUGAAGGAGGCGCUGCGCAUGUACCCCGCCGCGCCCAUCAUCUACCGCGACGCCUGUGAGGACGUGUACAUGCCGUCGUCGGGCGUCGUCAUUCCGAAGGGCAUGACGGCGGUGAUCAGCCUCUUCACGCUCCACCGCAACACCCACACCUACGGCGAUGACGUGGACACUUUCCGGCCGGAGCGGUGGCUCGGGGAGGAAGGGGCGGCGCUGCGCAAACGCUGCGGUCGCUGCGGCUUCAUUCCCUUCAGCUGUGGCACGCGGAGCUGCAUCGGUCAGGAGUUCGGCUUCUUGGAGCUCCUCAUCGUCGUGGCGCUGCUCGGCCGCCACCUGCAGAUGGAGCUGCUCGGAGACUUUCCGGAGGCGCGGUACAACAUUACGAUGGUCAUGAGCCACCCCGUCUCCGUGCGUAUUCGUGCCCGCCCGGGCAUCGAUGUGAGUGAGGUGUACGAGCGCAUGAACGCAGUGCUGGACCUCAGCGACGAGGACUCGCUGACGUCAAGCAACGCCUCGGCUGCCGUCUCGGAAACGUUGGUGAAGGGACUGAAGGAGUGCGGGUAA